CCCUCCCGGAAUUUGUCGCCUGCCGGACCGACAUUAUAUUCCACCGCCGGAUGCCUAGCUUGUUGCGUUUCUUCUAAAAUUAAAUUACACCAAACGUCUAUCCAGCCCCGAGUUGGUAACGAUGAAACCCAUAUGCAAUAAAUGCCCUCAACUCUCAACCUUCCUCCCCCAAUCCGGCCUCCACAAAUUCACCAUCCCCUUAUAAAAUGGGUCCUCCAAAAACAGAGAUUUAGUCUUAGAGAAAAGGGCUAUAAUGAUGGCGGUCGCAGCAGCUGUAAUCCUGGCGCUAGCGAUGUGGGCAGAGUGCGGCGGAGUCAGAGCCGCUACCCUGGAAGUCAGCAACCAGAGGAUCUUGCCAGAGAACUACAUCUACGUCUGGUGCGUCGAUGGAUUGAAGCGAGAAAACGCCCAACGCGUUCCACCGAAGAAGGCGGUCCAGAUCCAGAUUGCUACCGGCGGCGGCAGGAAAGACGGCAAGCAGCUGCCGUAUAUUUGCACGGGGACGUACACCAAGUUCUACGGGAUGGGUGCGGCGCCGUAUUACAUCUACGAUUCUCGGCGUAGCGGCGGCGACAUCGGCAGCUGCCGGGUGAUGGCGAAUGAGACCAGCUUUUAUCGCUGGGACGGGGAGAAGCGGGCUUGGGAUAUAAUCCCGCCCUCGCCGUGGCUUCCUUGAUCGAUGUUGAUCCAUGGAUCCGAUCUCGUUGAACUUUAUUGGGCUUCUUUCGUCGAAAUGUUUUUUUUUUUUUUGUUGGGUUUCAGGCCCGAGGGGGUAAUGCUGGGAUGGGCCAGCUCGAUCUGUAUGGAUAGGCUAUUAAUGGUUUGCCUUUUGUGUAUCCGUGUGGCGUUUUGGGCCAGUACUUCGGUGCUGUAGUGCUGUGUAUAGAAAUAUAAUAACAUGGGUUGUUUGCAAAUUUGCCAUCAAGUUUUGAGGCUUUUGUGCGUAUUUUUACUUUCGAAAUCUGGGAUUUGAAAACAAUUUAUGGGUUCAGAAACUGAUGGUACAUAUGAACCUGAUAAAUCAAAAUUAUAGGU